AUGAGUAAGAGUCUAAAGCCGGCUGAUCGAUACUCCCUAGUUGAGACCACACCUUUAGAAAUGAAAGGAGUCAAGGGUGGCGAAUUGGAUUGUCCAAAGGAGAGGUGGACCGCUUUGGAAAAAUCGCAAAACUCAUGUUUGCUUGGGGACAAGCAAAAGGCUAAGUCUGGGGGAGUUGAUAUACCAUAUCUUUCAUGUUUUUACAAGCAAAGAAGAGUCAAAAAUGGAGCAAAAGAGUCAAAUCACCAAGUUCCCAAGUCUAGAGCACCAAAUCUACAUUUCUCGCUAAAGACCAAACCGGAGCAUCCGAAGUACGACCGCAUAUUCAUGCCUUCCCGACGUCCAAAAGUCAUGAUUCUUAUAUGGAAAGAUAGAUAUUUGAGUCAUGACCCGCGGCGAAGUGGAAAGAGGUCAUUUGGAUCACUCGUUGGACCGGAACUUAUUUUCUACCAAGACAUGUCCGACGAGCGCCUAAGUAGAGCCCAUGGAGACUUUGAUGGAUCAAGAGGCCCGAGAUACCGCGCCCAAGGCCUUGGCUCAUCUUGA